GAGUGAAAACGUGCCAAGUUCGGUUGCACCACUGCCCUCUUGCCUCGCUUAUAGGCUAGAAUUGCGGAAAUAAAAAUCAUACAUAUAUGCUAUAUGCAGAUAGUACGGUCCACUAAGUCGUUAUUGCGUGUGGUUUACAACAACCUUUUGCCGGCAAAAAAUAAAAUAAAAACAAAAUCGAAGUGACAAAAGCGAAACAAGUUUGCUCACUGAUUUUUAGCUAGAUAUCGCGAGAGCAUGGCGAAAGCCGGCAGGUCUUAAUUAAAUUAAUAUAAUUUCGACGAGGAGAGAACGUUGCCGCCAUAUAAGCGAUCUCGAGUGUGUGAGUGCGUGUGCGUAUGAGAGCUUCAAUUAAAUUCAAUAAAUCAUAAAUAAGUGAGCGGCAACGGAUCCUGUUUUUUAGUGGUGCGGCACAAUUGUGAUUUAUUGGCCUCCACAAGGGGCGGAGGGUGAAUUCAAGUGAAAUUACGAAAUUACGAAUGCGAAAACUUAAUUUUCAUGACUUCCAAUGAAAGUUGAAUUAAAAAUGUUUCGCCUUAUAUUCCUCACCCUCUUGGCCCUGCUACCUCAAAUCGAUGCCUUCAACUUUAUGCCCCGACCGAGCAGGGUGAUCAACACCCCAACGCAUUUGAAGUUCUACAAAAACCAAACGCGCAGCUCCUACUUUGGAUACACGCUCGUCAUCCGUGAAACCAGCAUAAUAGUGGGAGCACCUCGAGCUCAAUCCACCUUGGAGUCGCAACGCACUAUCAACGAGACUGGGGCCAUCUACCGUUGCUCCCUAACAAGUGGUACCUGCAGUCCGUAUGUCCUUGAUCCCAAAGGAAACUAUAAUGCUCCAUACAAUGACUAUACAUUUGAUUCGGAGCGCAAGGACUUCCAAUGGCUGGGUGGUUCGAUGGACGGCGGCACCCGAGAUACUGAUAAACUCCUCGUGUGUGCCCCGCGAUUUUAUGCGCCCAGCCAAAAGGAUUAUCAUUUGCAUGGUGUCUGCUAUUGGGUCCAAAAUACAUUGGCCAGCACUCCGGAGCACGUAACACGGAUCUCUCCACUUCGUCUAAAACAACAACAGGUGAUAGAGGAAGAUCAUAACAACGUUGCCAGCUUCUUCUACAUAAUGGGUGAAAUGGGAUUGAGUGCUCAUGUGGCGGAUGAUAACUCGAAGUUCCUGAUUGGUGCCCCGGGCAUUAAUACUUGGAAAGGAUCGGUGGUUCUGUACCGGCAAGUGGAUCCAGUGGAUAAUCCCACAGCCAGCAGACGCGACACAGACAGAGCACUCCGACGAGUGAUUCGCGAUGCGGACACCAACGAAUAUUCGCCGGAGCACUAUGCACCCGAGAUUCCAGCGCCAAUGAAUUGGGGCCAGGAAGAUGACUCAUACUUUGGCUAUGCGGUUAGCUCCGGCUACUUUGACAGCUCUAACCCGACUAAACUUCUCUACGUGGCCACCGCUCCACAAGCCAACAAGCAGUCCGGCGAGGCCUACAUCUUUGAUGUGCGGGGAAAGAGCAUCCAUAAGUAUCAUGUUUUCCGUGGCGACCAGUUUGGUGAAUAUUUCGGUUACUCUGUAUUGGCGGAGGAUCUCAAUGGAGAUGGAAAAACAGACGUCAUUAUAUCAGCACCUCAGCACGCUCUAGAGGAUUUCUACGACAACGGUGCCAUCUACGUGUUCAUCAACAAGGGCUUUUUCAAUUUCGAGCGGCAGAUACUACGUUCGCCCGUUGAGACGCCGGCACGGUUUGGAACUACUCUAUCGCGUCUGGGAGACAUUAAUCAUGACGGAUAUAAUGACGUGGCUGUAGGAGCUCCAUUUAACGGAAACGGAUCGGUGUUCAUCUACCUGGGCAGUGAGCAGGGAUUACGUGAUCAGCCGAGUCAGCGACUGGAUGCUCCUUCCCAGCAACCUUCUAAGUAUGGAUCACACAUGUUCGGGCAUGGUCUAUCCCGAGGAUCGGACAUUGACGGUAACGGAUUCAACGAUUUCGCCAUCGGAGCCCCCAAUGCGGAAGCCUUGUAUCUGUAUCGCGCCUAUCCCGUCGUAAAAGUGAUUGCCACAGUGAAGUCAGAAUCGCGAGAGAUUAAGCCAGAGCAGGACAAGGUUAAGAUCACCGCCUGCUACAGACUGAACACCACUUCCACGGCAAAGGACGUCCAGCAGCAGGAGCUGGCCAUUAGAAUUGCCAUCGAUACUCAGCUGAAGCGGGUUAAGUUCGUCCAGACGCAGGCCAAUGAGGUAAGCUUCAAGGAGAUAGCUGGUCUUGGUGAGCAGUGCCGGGUCUUUGAGGCUCAGGUGCGCUACAGUGAGAAGGACAUAUUCACACCCAUCGAUCUGGAGAUGCACUACGAACUGACUAAGAAGGUUCCCGACUCGGAGGAAUUCUGCGAGACCUGUGCGAUUGUGGAUCCAAAAGAACCGAAGGUUUCCACGCAGAAGAUAAUCUUCAGCACGGGUUGUGCCACCGAUAUCUGCACCGCAGACCUGCAGUUGCGGAGCAAGAAUGUGAGCCCCACUUAUAUCUUGGGCAGUGCCGAAACCCUACGUCUCAAUUAUGAGAUCACCAACAACGGAGAAACCGCCUAUCUGCCUCAAUUCAAUGUGACGAGUACAUCCCGUCUGGCAUUCGCUCAGGUCCCUGGAAACUGCAAAGUCAUCGAUGCCGUCAUGGUGUGCGACCUCAACCGCGGACGACCUUUGGCCAAAGGUGACAGCGACUCCAUCACUAUCAGUUUCGAUGUGAGCCAACUAACCGGACAGUCGCUGAUCAUCCAUGCGGAAGUGUUUAGCACAGGAUACGAAAAGAAUCCCACGGACAACAAACAGACAAACGUGAUCGGUUUGAAGGAGUUCACCGAUAUCGAUGCCACCGGUGGCCAGACAAACAACCAAAUCGACUUGGAACACUACAGUAACUCCGCUGAGAUCAUCAACAACUACGAGAUCAAGAGCAAUGGUCCGAGUGUGAUCGAACAGUUGACCGUGUCCUUUUAUAUACCCAUUGCCUAUAAGGUGGUUGGCUCUACAGCCAUUAUUCCCAUAAUCAAUGUGACCAGUCUGAAGAUGCAGGCUUCCUACGAUUCCCAGCUACUGGCCAUUGAUCUGUACGACCAAAACAAUACCCUGCUCAUUGUUGAUACCAUUGAGGCUGUCACCACGCUUCAUGGAAACUUGGAGCGAACUGUGAUCAGCCAGAAUGGUCAGGGCUAUGAUAUCCAUACCAGUGGACAUGUACACCAGACGAUGCAGGUGCUCGAUACCGAUAUGGUGGCAACUGCAUCUAUGUCCCGAAAACGUCGUGAUCUCAAGGCCCUGACAGCUAAUCGCGAGCAAUAUGCUCGCAUCUCGAAUGUCAAGGCACAUGACCUGCUAAGCGAGGACUUCAAGGGCAAGUUACCGGUUAACCGUACCAUUGUGUUCAAUUGUCGGGAUCCUGAAAUGACCAUCUGCGUCAGGGCCGAAAUGCGGGUUCACUUUAGGCCGGAGAAAUCUAUUAACCUGAACAUGCGCUACAACGUGGAUCUGAACGAGGUGAAUGCCAUUUUAAUGGAUCCCUGGGAGUUCUUCGUCAUCCUGACCGACGUGAAACUGGAGAAAAAGGGUGAUCCCACGUCAACUUCGUUUUUAAUCAAUCGAAGAAUCGAACCGAAUAUAAUUUCCAAGCAUCUGGUUGCCGGAACACCUAUCUGGAUCAUUAUCGUGUCCAUAAUUGGUGGCCUGCUAGUGCUCGCUGGGAUAAGCUAUUUGCUAUACAAGUUUGGCUUCUUUAAACGCGCCCAGAAGGAUGAGUUGAACAGGUUGGUUCAGCAGAAUCCUGUCGAGCCGGAGGCGGAGAACCUUAACAGCGGCGGCAAUAACUAAGUUAGGUAAAAAAGGGUUUCCUAGCCUUCGUAUACAUCACAUUCAAAAUGGAUGGACCAGUAACCAAAUCCUAUUUUCACAACGGGAAGACUAUCCACAAAAUGUGUUCUCAUGCAUUUAAAAAAGAGCGAAAAACAUUAAUAAAACGAUUUACGACAAAAAAUCUACCUUAUAGGAGUACGUGCAACUUUCAAACCGCGACGCAUACAAUGUUCUUGCCGGUUUGACUUUCUAGUGGCAUCCGUCAAGUGUGCCUUUUAAUGUUUUAGUUAAUAACUAAUUUAAACGAAAGUCCCCAUGUGUGCUACACCAGCCAUAUUGCCAUUUGUUGUAUAUAUUUAUUAAACAUUUUGAAUUAAUCAUAAUUGUAAAGAUUUUGUAAAGGUAGCUUUACAUGGCGACGCAAAAGACUUUAUUACUGUGUAUAUUGUAAAAAUAAAAACAAUAUUUUAAGAUCGAAAACCACUUGUUUAGAACGUAUUCUUGUAUUAUACUAGAGUAUUGAAGCGACGAAGGAUGAAUAAAGAAUGAAUAAAGAAAAACAUA